AUGACGUUACCUUAUUUAACUGAUGAUUGCAUUUAUUAUAUUUUACAACACCUUCAAAAUGAUCGGUCAACAUUAUUUAAUUGUUUAUUAGUUAAUCGAUUUUGGUGUAAAUCAACGAUUCCUUUACUUUAUGCAAAUCCUUUCGUAAAUAUAACUGAAAGAAAUUAUCCGAUAAUCUUGACCUUAAUUUUUUGCUUUAAUAAAGCGGAAAUUUUACAAUUAAAGAAUCAACUAGGACCAAGUCAGAUUAAUAAUAUUAAUUUUGAUAAAGAAUACAAACCAUUAUUUGAAUAUCCAAAAUAUCUAGAAAAUUAUAAUCAUUUUACAAUAAAUUCCGUUAUUAACAGAUGUUUUGUAGGAUAUUGUUCAGAUUUAUCAAUUUCUCAAAACAAAAUAUAUGAUGAUAUUAUUCCAAUAUUUCAUAAAUCAAUUUUACGCCAAAGUAGAAACAUUAAACAAAUAGAUAUUUUAUUAUACUUAUUUUAUGAAGAAAGUUUUAAAAACUUUAAUAUUAAAAAUUUCACUUCAAAUUUAACAAAAUUAAAUUCAUUAUCAUUAACUUUUCAUUUAAAUGGAACUUUUAUUAAUAAUGAAAUCGAGCAAGAAUUUUUAAGCAAUAUAGCAAGAAAUUUGAGAAAAUUAAUAAUUAAUCUUCCUCGAACCCAAAGAUCAUUACUUCAACAACAUAUUACUUUCGAUAAUUUACAUUAUAAUAUUACUUUGGAAAAACUCUGUACUAUUAUUCAAAAACAAAACAAACUUAAAAUAUUUAAGAUAACGAAUUGUCAUUCAUUAUUAAAAAAUAUUCUUUUAUCAUUGGAUUUUCAAAAGCAUUCAUUGGCUCAUUCUGAAUUUACAAAAUGUGACUUUAAUAAUAUUAAUUUAAAAAGAUUUAAUAAUUUAUAUAAUUUAGAAUAUUUAACAUUUAAGAAUUGUAAAGGUACUAUAUUAUUGGAUCAACGUGAAGUUUUAAAUUUUACUUCAUUUAAGCUCAAGGAAUUAUCAUUUAUACGCAAUAAUUGGAGCGUUGACGUCACAUCAUUAAUGAUCAAAUAUUUAGGUGCAUCAUUACAAAGAUUAUUAAUUGAAAAUCCAACAAUACCUAUUAUUGAAAAUAUUUUAACAUAUUGUUCAAAACUUAAUUUUUUAAAAAUAAGAAUUGAUACCCGUUUUAAUUUAUUAGUGUUACCUUAUUUUAAAAAUUUAAAGAUAGGAAUAUUAAAUAUUAAUAUUUCUUAUUAUAAUUAUAUUAAUAUUAAUGAAUUUUUUAUAAAUUUAGCAAAUAAUAUACCAAUUAAUAUUAGUAAAAUUUCUAUUUUUUGUCGUAAAUCCAAUAAAUUUAAGGAAUUUUUAGAAAAUUGUCAUGAUAAUUUUGAAAUAAUUAAUUUAUAUCAAACCAUUGAAUUAGAAUUUCUUAAAAUUGUUUUAAAUUAUAUUGAAAGGAAUAACAAUAGUUUAAAGGUUUUUGGUAUGACGAGAUUGGAUAAAGAAUUGAAUGAUGAGGAAAUAAAAUUAUUUAAUCAAAUUAAAGCUAAAGGAGUUAAAAUAGUGGAUUUUUAUAGCCUUUAUAAUUUUUAUAGUUAUGUAUAA